CAAUCACUCCCGGUAAGGGGGAAAGUGGGAGGGGAUGGCCAGGUAUAUAAGAGGAUGAGGCUGACCAGAAAGCCACACACCUGAGCACCUCACCUGCUCCUGCCUCACCUCUUCUCAAUCAUGCUGCGUUUUGUGGUGUUGACCCUGUUGGUUGCCAUGGUGAUUGGUCAAGCUAAAAACUCUGGCUGCAACUACUUUUGCACGAAGCCUGAAGGACCUAACAAAGGAGCUCACUAUUGUUGUUCUCCACCAUUUAUUCCUUUAAAACCAGAAGAAAAACACCCUGGAAAGUGUCCUCCUCCACUGAAAGACUGCACUAGGAUCAUACCACAGGUGUGCCCCCAUGAUGGACACUGCCCCUUCAACCAGAAAUGUUGCUUCGACACCUGUCUUGACCUUCACACCUGCAAACCUGCACAUUUCUGAGAGGAUGACCACAACUGAUCAUGAUCGUAUGACAACUCAGGAUGGAAUAUCACUGGGAACUUGUCCAACUGAUCACUGAUAUUAGACUGUAGUUUCUUGUUGUGAUGCUAUUUUUUGUCUUAUGUUAAUGUCAUAGUGUUUGUUAUAAAUGAUUAUUACAUGUAUAUCGAGAGGAGUUUUGUUUUCAAUAAAUGUUUGUUUUCAA